CAGAUAAUAGGUUGGGCAACGUAUCAGCUACAUACGUGCGCCAGCGCAAUUCCUUCGUCGCUCUGGAGGAGCUGAUUCGGGUAGCGUCAUCAUCAGCACCAUCAUCGACUUGACUUCAUCACUCUCACACUAGCUAUGACAAUGACUUUGCCUACGAUUCGACAGCCAUCCCCAACAGUCAUUGAACCACAGCCACGCUGAUGAGAGCACUUUGCACACCCCGCAUAAAAUUUAAAGGACCUCCGAUUUGUUUGGUGCAAGCAGUGGCCGAUGUUCUGAACUGAAGCCGAGGUAGCCUGUGUGGGGCCUUGGGACGCCUGCGUUCAUAUUUCUGUUUUUUUCUUGCAAACAUGGCGGCCCCUGCGCUAACCAGCCGGGCUGGGUCCGUAAAUAGCUUGGGAAACAGCCCCACUGCGACUCCCAGCUCCACGAACAAUAACAACAAGAUCAUCCAAAACUACCCCGAGCUCGAUUUCAGGUCCGGGGCCAGAAUCGAGGAUUUGAACCGAUUGAUUCUGGAAUUUAGUAAACACGAUCAGCGAGAAUAUGACGACCAGCGAGCGCUCGAGAUUCACACCGCCAAGGAUUUCAUUUUCUCCAUGCUCGGUAUGGUGCAGAAACUGGACCAGAAGCUCCCUGUGGCCAACGAGUACCUGCUGCUGUCAGGUGGUGUGCGGGAGGGCGUGGUCGACAUGGACCUAGACGAGCUGAGUGUUUACGCCCGCGGCACCGACUAUGACAUGGACUUUACCCUCCUCGUGCCUGCGCUCAAGCUGCACGACCGCAACCAGCCGGUCACUCUGGACAUGCGCCACUCAGCCCUGUGCCACUCGUGGCUGAGCCUGCGCCUCUUCGACGAGGGCACCAUCAACAAGUGGAAGGACUGCUGCACAGUGGUAGACCACAUCAAUGGCGCCACCAACUACUUCUUCUCACCCACACUGGUGGCUGACUGGUUCUACGAGUCCAUCAGCGUGGUCCUGGUGGAGAUCCAGAAGAAGCCCCAGCGCGGCAUGCCCCGCGUGGAGAAGGUGGAGCGGAACGGCACAAUCAUCUCCGUCAUCCUGGGCGUGGGCAGCAGCCGCAUGCUCUAUGACAUCGUGCCUGUGGUCUCCUUCAAGGGAUGGCCAGCGGUGGCCCAGAGCUGGCUGAUGGAGAACCACUUCUGGGAUGGCAAGAUCACAGAGGAGGAGGUGAUCAGCGGCUUCUACCUGGUGCCUGCCUGCUCCCACAAGGGCCGUAAGGAGAAUGAGUGGCGCCUGUCUUUUGCCCGUAGCGAAGUGCAGCUCAAGAAGUGCAUCUCGGCCAGCCUGAUGCAGGCCUACCAGGCGUGCAAGGCCAUCAUUAUCAAGCUGCUGUCAAGGCCCAAGGCCAUCAGCCCCUACCACCUGCGCAGCAUGAUGCUGUGGUCCUGCGAUCGGCUCCCCGCCACCUACCUGUCCCAGGAAGACUUCUCAGCCCACUUCCUGCUAGGCCUCAUCGACGACCUGCAGAACUGCCUGGUCAACAAGAUGUGCCCCAACUACUUCAUCCCACAGUGCAACAUGCUGGAGCACCUGUCGGACGAGAUGGCCAUGCUCCACGCCCGCAAGCUCAGCUCGGUGCGCUCCGACCCGGCCGAGCACCUGCGCACCACCAUUGAGCACGCCAAGGCGGCCAACCGACUGACCCUGGAACUGCAUUGGCGCGGCAGUGCCUCAAACCUGCCGUCGCCACAGUCGGACGCGGGCGGCGAACACCAGCCGGAUGACCGCUUGGCUAAGAAGCUGCAGCAGCUGGUGACGGAGAAUCCCGGAAAGUCCAUCUCGGUGUUCAUCAACCCCGAUGACGUGACGCGGCCGCACUUCCGCAUCGACGACAAGUUCUUCUGAGACUUCAAAAUAGAAAAAAGCUAUUCUUCUCCUCCCCCCACAUCACCCAUUCUCCCUUUGACUAGAUCGAUCGGUCGAGUCGUCAAAUUAGUCGGUUUCCCAAGUAACGGUCGCCACAGAGCAUUGUGAGGUGCUUUUGUGCAAUGGUGUCUUCCCAUUUUGUUUCCCUGUCCCCACACCCCACCAACCCUACAGUGCCCGUGUCACCUUGAGAAGGCCUUUACAGGACUACAUGAAACAGGUGGACGAAGAGGUACUGGCGUCUUUCCUCGGAAAGUUAAGGAAUGGCUUAGUCCCUGUUGGGGAACUGAUGGUACUAACGCCAUAACUGUGCAUAAAGAGAGUUGAGUGGAUAUUUGUGUGUGUGUGGACAUUGGUAUUAUUUUGGACAGAAUGUACAGGCACACAGUUAUGGUGGAAGUUGUGAUGUGAAGUCUGAAAUGUUGCAUAUCUUUUAGGAAGGCAAUUUCAACGGUCUUUUUUCUCUCUAUUGGUUUAGAGCUGUUAUUCCAAUAAGCUGUAUCGCAAUGACAAAAUGUUUCUAACUUUACAUUCUCUGUGCAUUCAUGCCCAUGUCCUAUGUGUACAGUGAACAGUUCCAGAUGUAUCCAGAAUAUGCCAAAAACCUGCAGAUAUCUGACUGGCAAUGUGAUACACAUAUCUUCAUCCUCAAGUGCAAUUAGUAAACAAAAACACACACACACCACACCACACAUAUAAGUGCUAACACUCAUCAUACACACUCCUGAUCAGUGAAGUGGUGUAUUUGUUACGUAUUUGUGAUAUUCCAGAACUCUGGGACCUUGUCCUUUUGUUUGUUUGUGUUAUAUGGAACUCGGAAACAUUUGGCUGUGACUCUUAUUUUCCAUAUUGCUGCUGACCUUAUGAAGAUGUUUUAUGAUUGACUGGUUAUGCAAAUUAAGUUGAACAAACACACAAUGAUGUAUUUUAAUUGGACAUGGGCGUAGCUACUGUGUACAUAAUAUUGUAAAACAGCAGUGGGAACCUGCCUGUAUCAGUUGUAUGGACCAAUCGGUCAGCGGCAUUGUCAGCACCAACGAAUCGCGUGGCCUGAGGUUCUUCAAAUCCUGUUGAGUCAAACCUGUCAUGGACCAAAAUGAGCAACCUCACCAUCGGCAGGGAUCAUUUGCUCACGAGUGGCGCAGCGGUCUAAGGCACUGCAUCUCAUUGUAAGAAGCAUCACUGCAGUCCCUGGUUCGAAUCCAGGCUGCAUCACAU